AUGGAGAACAAGGAGGAGGACGAAGUCCGUAAGCGAUGGGAGCAGGAGGCUCGGGACAAGGCGCUACGUGAGCAGCAGGACCCUCUCGACCGGCCGCGCAAGAGACUGAGGGAGAUAGGGUAUGGCGGCGGAGUUACAGCGGGCUCACAAGUCCGGGCCGUCGAAGGUGGCAUGAUGACUCCGGACGAGGAGAUGGCGAGCGAGACUGGCACUGCGAGGAUUGUCGCGAAGGCGAAGGGGAAGAGCCGAAAGGCCGCUGUCCAAGCCUCAGCGCGAGGCUCGCGCGCGAAAGGCAAGAUCACCGAGAUCACUGAGGAUGACGAGGAAUACAUUGAGCUGGAUUAG